UCGCUAUUGCUGCGGACAUCGUGGCAUUAGGGGCGCCUUGGUACGGCGCCUGCUAGAGAAAACGAGCCAUGUGCUUUCCGAAGCCACAAUAAGCUAUCUUCCGAAACCAACUCAAUGCUAAGGAAUCUCUUCUUGAUCAAUCCCUCGUCAAGCCCGUCUCUCUCCUUGCUGACUAUCAUCCUCUCUUCCAGCAUAGCGUGACACCUCCUCACACGCUUGCUCAUAGGACCGCAGUGAGGUUCGCGAAAACAUGUCGUGUCUUCCGUUAGCCAGAACACUAUUAGGAGCUUCUUGUCCCUCCACAAUUGUAGCCAAAAAAAAUCAUAUCCCGGUAUCCCGGUAUGACUAGGGACCCAGGAACCGUUGGUGGAUUUGUCAACUCAAUCCCAACGCCUUACUAGGGUCUUACAAUGUCGGUGUCGUCUAUCCAACAUGCCCACGCGACUAGUCCUGACCCGUCACCAACGCCUGGGCCUGCCUGUAAGUCAACAAAGACUGGUCGACGUCCUGAUUCAAUUCUUUCAGCCAUGAACUGUCUCUUGCACUGCCCAGAGCUAUGCUCAGCUCGGCUAGUUGGCGAUCUCGGUACUCGGCUGAAGGUCAAUUCGCAAUGGCAUUUUACACACAUCACGGCUACCAACCACAGCCCCUCGCGCCCUACCGCAACGCAACUCUGUGGGGUUUCUGCACUUUUAAAUUGCUGCAGAAGGCGAUCAUCGCCUCCUCUAGACUAGAUGUACUCGAGACAGAAGAGCAAGGUUGAACGGGUACCUGACGCGGUAAGCCGGCCCCUCCACCAGGCAUACGAAACUGACAUGCUGCUGGCGCUCACUCGUCUCGCCCGUCUUUAGUGUAGCUAGUUGCCAAUACUUACCUGCCGGGCCCUUCUUUGUCACACUCCUCGCUGUGAAGAUGGCGCCGCCCUCUGUCUAGCUAGGUUGAUGACGUUGUGGAAGCUAAUGGUUUCACCUGCUCCAUCUCCGAUCUAUGACCUUGGACCACGUUCUAUACUAACACUGUUCCGGCGCAGGAGGUACAUGGCUCAAGUUGCUUCUAUCAACACUAACCACCGCCGACAUAGGCACGGUGGGCUCACGCAAACCCAGAUGACUGGCUUUGACUCUCUCAGUGUAACAUCUCUCCACAAACAACAACAACAACAACAACAACAACAACAGCAGCAGCAGCAGCAACGAGCCAUGGAUGUGGACGAGGGUGGGGCUGACAUCCCCGAUAUUCCUUUCAAGCGUCCCGCAAGCCGAAUGCCUCCAGACCAGGCGUUUAACCCGUCGCGAUUUCAGGAGGCUUGGGAAGACGAAGACAAGAACUGGUCUACCCACCAAAGGCCCAUCAAUCCUAAUGCCAUUGCCCCCAGACAAGACAGAAGUGCCGUACAGUCUCCUGACAUCCCUCACAGGGGGAGAGUCAACUCUCCUGAAUCCAUAAAUGUCCAGCAAAGGUAUACGUCGUCGAGCCCGCCGAGAAGCCCUCGAACACGGUCUUCGAGGUCCAGAGCCAACUCAACGACGUCAUCGUACCAAACGAAUAACACCUCACUUCCUCCUCUGCAGACCAAAGGCGCGGGCGAUGACGAGAUCCUCGAGCCGUUAGCCGAGGAAGAGAUUGAGCCCGGAUCCUUCGACCUUGUAGUGCCGUCACACGGCGAUAACGGACAGUACUCUUUGGAGGAUCGGUCCGAGCUUCUUUUCUCCAAGGACCACUUGAGGGCCAUUUUCAAAGACCGCAUCCUCCUACAGCGGUUCACCGACUUCCUUCACUCCGCCCGCCCCGACUCGCUGCCCCUUCUCACGUACUACCUCGACUGUCUGAAAGCACUACGUGCCAUCUCAUAUUCAAACGCAAUCGCAAAUGGUCUAGAUACCCUGCCAGAGCAUACGUUCUCAUCAGAAAAUACCAACAACACAAGUAACAGCUCACUGGAGAAGAAGGCAGAGGCUGCUUUUGACGUUCUCGUCCAGGAAGACCUCCCUGCUUAUGUCACAUACACGUGGAUUCAGACAGUCAGCGUAUCUAUCAAGCGGCGUAUUACAGGAACACUUCCCGUCCAACUGAGAGAAAUGUCCGAGGGCUUAGCAGAGGUCUUUUGCUUGACAGAUCCAUCAAGGCAUGAUAAUCCCAUUGUCAUGGCGUCCGAAGAAUUCCACAGAACAACACAGUAUGGAAUGAACUAUGUCAUCGGCCGCAACUGUCGCUUCCUUCAAGGCCCGAAGACAAACCCAUACAGCGUAAAACGAUUACGCGAGAGGUGUCUGGCCGGCAAGGAGCAUUACGAAACGUUCCUCAACUACCGCCGAGACGGCUCACCCUUCAUGAACCUGCUCAUGGUGGCCCCGCUAUAUGACAGUCGCGGCACUGUCCGCUACUUCAUUGGUGCCCAGGUCGACGUCUCGGGUCUUGCCAAGGAAAGCUCCGGUCUUGAAGCACUGCAAAGCCUUGUCGUCGACAAGGAGGCUACCACCACCGCCAUCAACGGUCAAAGGAACUACAAGACAGAUGAGGAGAAGGAUGAGUUCCAGGAGCUGAGUGAGAUGUUCAAUAUGGCUGAGCUCGAAACAGUCCGCAGGCGGGGCGGAAACAUGCACCGCGUGCCACAGGACGAGAACCAAGCAUCAACAUCGACGAACUGGCACAAGCCCCGCAUCCUGAUCCAGGAUGAAUCCUCCUCUGUCCACCAGUCUAACCCUGCAGUACCACUGACGAGCGGUAGGCUCUCGGGCGUCUACGAACACUACCUCCUUGUCCGCCCCUACCCCAGUCUUCGCAUUCUCUUCGCCUCCCCAUCGCUCCGACUGCCGGGCAUUCUCCAAUCCAACUUCAUGGACCGGAUUGGCGGCUCCAACCGCGUGCGCGAGGGCCUCUCGCACGCCCUCGCCGACGGCCAUGGCGUCACGGCAAAAGUUCGCUGGAUUAGCAAGUCCAGCAGCGAGGGUCGCGUGCGCUGGAUCCACUGCACCCCCCUCCUCGGAAGCAACGGCGCCGUCGGUGUGUGGAUGGUCGUCCUCGUCGACGACGAGACCGAGGCUGGUGUCAAGAACCGCAAGGAAGCGCCCCCUGUGGAUGGCCGUCUGCGCAGAACCGGCGCCCUGGGCCAGCAGCCCCGUCCUUCAAUCGAUGACAACAUGAGCCUCUCGGGCUUUGCCGCGAUGAACCGGGCCCGAGAUGAAGUUGACGAGCCCAUCGCUGAUUUAGACAUGGACGGGCCCGACCGCCCCUUGAGUCGCGCAAGCCGCGAGAGCCUGUCGAGUCGGUUGAGCCGGGGGCCGGUCAGUGCGCCGCAUCAACCCGGACCUACUCGCGGCUCCGACGACCCUGACGGCGGGCCACCUCGGCCUGCGUUCACGGUACGGCUGGGAGAAGAUUGAUCUCAUGUCUAUUUGCCAUGGAUUCUUCUGCGUGGGCCUUUUGGCCAAAAUUGCACGGCGUCACGGCGACUCUCUCAAAAUGCUGGCUAAUUGCUUCCGGCCUCAUGUACUUAAUAAUUACCUACUCGUCCGACACCUGAUCGGCGACUGACGUUUGCUGUCUAUUGACAAUGGGUGCUAUUACAUGAAAACUUUCCAAGCACUAUCAUUGAAACUCGAUUUCACCUUGAACCAACGACGAGAUCACGUAUCUCUCUGGUGAGGGUGAUGCGU